AUGCCGAAGGUCGGCGGGGAGGGCCUGCCUAAAUUCGGCUUUGAUUUUCUGCGAUCGUUCCGGCCAGGUGGAGAUUUGGCAUCGGUGAUACGGGAGACCUUGGACUCAGAUGCAAUGUUGCCUCAUAUUUGGGUUCAAAUGGCAGCUUUGCAAGUUGCCUCUGCUUUGGACUACAUGCACUCACGUGGGGUCAUCCACUGUGAUCUGAAGCCUGGCAACACCAUGCUGCUGACACCUUUUGUUCUUGCGGAUGCCUUAGCUGGACGAUCCAAGCCGCAUGUCCUCUUGGUUGACUUUGGGUUGGCAGAAAUUUUUGAUGAGCAGGCGGCUCUUGGCGGGCCUGCUACAGUCAAAGGCAGCCCAGCUUACCUCUCACCUGAAGGGUUCGAUGGUAAGCUGACACAAAAGAGUGAUACUUGGGCACUGGGAGUGAUGCUUUUCGAGAUGCUCGUUGGCACCAGGCCAUUCAGAGGGACCAACAACAUAUUUGUCCUCUACUGUCAGGUUGCAAAUACAGAGCCCGCCUUCGACAAAAUACCACCGGCUGCUUGCUCCCUGGUUCGUUCCCUCAUGGACAAGAAUCCGCAGAGUCGAAUGUCGGCCAGACAAUGCUUUGAGCACGAAUGGCUUCAACAAGUGAACACUUCAGCUGAAUAUUCUUCAGUGAACACCAUUUUGCCGAAGAAUCUUGGACGCCACACCAGCUAUUUUCACCGAGCUGCCAGGGCCUCAUUGGUUACGAUUGCAGUCUUACGAGUCUUACCGGUUUGUUCCAAGCUUGUCACCUUCAGCAUGGCUGCGGCGCUGGGUAUGAAAGAGUUGACCGAAGACUAUCAGUUGUUCCAGGCGCUCGAUGCUGACAAGUCGGGCCAACUCGAUCAAGAUGAGCUUCGAUCCCUGGCAAAGGGUCUUCGCCAGGAACCAAAUCAUCAGUGCGCUCAGGAUUUGAAUGCCUUGAUGGCGUCCAUGGAUCUGGAUCAGGAUGGCCAGAUCUCCUAUACAGAGUUCUUGGGGGCAACCUUAGACUUGGAAGAGGCUCUGGGAGUCGACCACUGGCUCCUUCGUUUGGCAUGA